GUCCCCUUUGAAAAAUUCACCUUUUGUGGGAUGUCCCAUGAAGGUUUUUUCUACAAUGUCACCUCCAAGAGCUGCGAGAAGUUCCUUGGCACUAGCUGCCCCCGCAACAUGGACACCUACAGCUCCCUGAAGGAAUGCAUUCAAUUUUGCUCAGGGACUGACUUCUGCGACCUGCCUCCUGAUCACGGGUCUUGCGAUUUAAAAUUGCAACGCUGGUUUUAUGACCCAAAGACCAAAGAUUGCGAAAUAUUCACUUUUGGGGGCUGCAAGGGGAACCUCAACAACUUCAACAGUCAGUGGAGAUGCCGGUUGGUUUGUCGCUUUAGAGGUCCUUCCUAAGGGCUCCGUGGAUGGAAGCUCGGCCUGCUUUGCGCUGAAGGAAAAGAGAGGUCGGUUCAGGACGAGACCAGGCGCACAAAGCCUCCAAGCGCCUUUCAAAGGGAGGGAGUU